AUGGAUCCCGCCACAUACGUGGAUCCUGAGCUUACCAUCGCAGAUCAUCUCGUACUCGACACACUCGUUGAUAAGCCAGGCUCAAAAGGGGAAACAGGGACAUCAUCUACACAACAAAAGCCCAGCGAUGAAGAUGUCAUCCAGAAGCUCCAGGAUAUGAACGAUGCAUCGCAUCCUGAUUUCGAUCCUACAAUCUUCCAGUUUUGGGAUACCCCAGUGCUCCGGGCUAAACUGCCUGUGGCUCUCCAGCGCUAUGUCUUGCAGCCCUAUCAGAAGUGGGCCCAAGGAGUUGUGCGCUUUCCCACCGAUGUUGUCAUGUUGACCCAUCUUUUGCUGUAUUUCACUACCAUUGUGCCAAGCGCCAUCUUUUUGUAUUAUCGCUUUUCCUGGUUCCAUGGUGUUUUGCAUUGGGUCAUGCAAUUAUGGUACUGUGGAGCUUUCACCUUGAUGAAGCACCAACACAUUCACAUGAACGGUGUCCUGGCCCCUGGAUACUGGCUCUUCGACGCCCUCUUCCCCUACGUAUUGGACCCGAUGCUCGGGCACACGUGGAAUUCCUAUUACUACCACCACAUAAAACACCAUCACGUCGAGGGCAAUGGUGAGCAGGAUCUGAGCACGACUAUGUUCUAUGAUCGUGACAGUGGAUUCGACUUUGCCUGUUAUGUCGGGCGAUUCUUCUUCUUCAUUUGGAUGGAGCUUCCCCUCUACUUUUGGAGGAAAGGCCAGUUCAAAUAUGCCUGCAGGGCUGCAUUCUGGGAACUCGGCAACUACGCGACCAUCUACUUGCUCUACAACUACGUUAAUGCUCGCGCAACCGUCUUUGUGCUCAUUCUCCCUCUCACAGUCAUGCGCUGUGGCCUGAUGGUGGGAAAUUGGGGCCAGCACGCUUUCGUGGACCCUAUCGACCCUGACUCGGAUUACCGCUCGAGUAUCACCUUGAUUGAUGUUCCGAGCAAUCGAUACUCAUUCAACGAUGGGUACCACACUUCUCACCACUUGAAUCCUCGUCGCCACUGGAGAGAUCACCCUGUGGCAUUCGUCAAGGGCAAAGACCGCUAUGCUGAGGAAAGGGCCUUGGUCUUCCGGAACAUUGACUACAUCUUCAUUACCGUGUAUUUGCUGCGCAAAGACUACACUCACCUUGCAAAGUGCCUGAUUCCGAUGGGUGACCAGGUCAACAUGACUUUGGAGCAACGGGCAGAAAUGCUGCGCGGCAGGACUCGGCGGUUCCCGCAUCCCGAUACCAAGAAACAUCGCUAA